AUGUAUGGACGGUCCAAACUUUCUAUCCCAUUUGUGCUGCGAAACGAGGUGACGGGUCGUAACCCGAAAGUCUGUGAUGGAGAAUGCCGGGGCUCUAUGGCGGCGAACCGCUUGUUCUUCGCCGGUCUCAGAAGCUACAACAUUCUGUUCAGCCCUCAAAGUCCAUGGAGGCCCCUAGCUACCCGCGGUGCUGCAUUCGACGUGGAAUUGACACAGAAAGACAACCUGAAGAAACGGAUUCUGGGACUUAAACCUUCUGAUCCAAUUCCAAUGUCCGUGCUUCAAAACUGGGUUGACCAGGGCAACAACGUCUCAACCUCAGAACUCAGACGCAUCUCCAAGAUACUCUUCUCAUUAAAACGCUACCACCACUCACUGGAGAUAAUGACAUGGAUGGAAAGCCAGAAGAAUUUUCGGAUGUCACCAGCGGAUUAUGGUGCCAAAUUGGAAUUAAUUAUAAAAAUUCGUGGUGUGGUGGAGGCUGAAAAGUACUUUUUGCGCUUACCCGAUAUAUCUACCCAGAAGGCUACUUAUCUCCCAAUUCUUCGAGGUUAUGUAAGAGAUAGAGACACGAAUAAAGCUGAGGUUUUCAUGCAAAAGCUCUAUGAACUAGGGCUAGUUGUUAGCCCACUCCCUUACAAUGAGAUGAUGAAGUUGUAUGUAGCUACAAAUGAGUACAACAAAGUCCCCCUUGUUAUCCAGCAAAUGAGACGAAACAAAAUCCUCUUUGAUGUUCUUUCCUACAACAUUUGGAUGAAUGCUUGCCAUGAGGGGGAAGGACUUGGGGUUACUGCUGCAGAGAUGGUUUUUAGAGAGAUGAAAAAUGAUCAAAAUGUUGAAGUGGGAUGGAGCAGUCUUGCUACUUUGGCCAAUAUCUACUUGAAAGCGGGACAAUCUGACAAAGCCAUUCUUGUUCUAAGAAACGCAGAAAAGAAACUAUCCAAUUGUAAUCGUCUUGGUUACUUUUUCCUCAUGACGCUUUAUGCGUCUUUGAAGGAAAAGGAGGGAGUAUUGCGGCUCUGGAGAGCUAGUAAGUUGGUUGGUGGUAGAAUCACAUGUGUCAACUACAUUUGUGUAUUGUCUUGUUUGGUUAAGCUUGGGAACAUCACAGAAGCUGAGAACAUCUUCAUGGAAUGGGAGUCUAACUGUCAGAACUAUGAUAUCAGGGUCUCCAAUGUUCUUUUGGGUGCAUACAUGAGGAAUGGAAUGGUGGGAAAAGCCGAAUCAUUACAUGCUCAUGCAUUGGAGAGAGGAGGUCGUCCAAAUUAUAAGACAUGGGAAAUUCUGGUGGAAGGAUAUGUCAAGAGCAAGAACAUGGACAAGGCUGUUGUUACCGUGAAGAGAGCUCUUGCUAUGUUGAAAGACUGCAACUGGAGACCGCCACACGAACUCCUGUUGGCCAUUGCGGAGUAUUUCGAGGAACAUGGAAAUUUUGAAGAUGCGAAUGAGUACAUUACAGAUAUCCGCAAUUCUGGUCUUGCAAGUUUGUCACUGUAUAAAAUAUGGCUCCGCAUACACCUCGCUGCUAACAAACCACCCGAUCAUGUCCUUGAAAUGAUAGAAAAGGAUAAAGUGGGGAUGGAUAAUGAAACCCUUGCCAUUGUUAAAGUAUGCAAUGAGUAGGUGUUAUGGUUUUCAUGGGGUUAGUCCUCAUUGCUUGCUGAUAUACACGCAGAUUUUUCAUUUUCCCCCCUUUGUGAUUGAUUUUCUCCCCGUUUGACAGAGCGGUGAAAUAUUCUAUAAAUACGUUUCACGUAAACCGAGACAAAACUCUUCUCACAUA